AUGUCACAGAAAAUAGGUCAUACCGGAUUAGCGUUUGCAAGGAUAUGGCACCAUGUCGAUUUGGCACAAGAUAAGAGAACCCUCGGUAGAGUUGCAUCAGCUAUAGCGAUUACAUUGAUGGGGAAACACAAGCCUGUCUUUCAUCCAUCUCAAGAUUGUGGAGAUUAUGUCGUAGUGACGAACUGCCAAAAAUUACGUGUUACUGGUAAGAAAAUGGAACAAAAGACUUAUUGGUCUCAUACUUCUAGACCAGGUUCUUUAAAGCUGAAAACUAUGGAAACAAUAGUUGCAAAUAAAGGUUACGGGGAGGUAUUGAGGAAAGCUGUGAGUGGGAUGUUACCGAAAAAUAAGUUAAGGAAACCAAGAUUGGAACGAUUGAAAGUGUUUGAUGGCAGUGAACAUCCUUAUACUAAUAAUAUCCUAGCAUUUGCAUAUGAACAACCUCCUUUAGUGCCAUCAGGAAAGAUAGCAGGCUCUCAGACUACACAAGAAAAAGUUCAAAAUUCUCAGUAA